AUGAUACACAAUUAUCCAUGUAGUAGUUCAUGGAUGUUAUGUGAUCCAUGGACAAGGAGAUUAUCGUCAGAAGAAAAAGAGAACUUGAAGCCCGUAAUACUUCACUGUGAGUCAGCAGACGAAGUUAUCGAAAGUAAAAGAAGAAAUCUUACAG